AUGGGGGAUCUCAACAGGACGGUCAGCCUGGGCCAGGUUUCCUUCACCCUGGUGGGCAUUCCUGGGCUGGAAGCCUUCCAUGCCUGGAUUGGCAUCCCCUUCUGCUUCAUGUAUGUCCUUGCCUUGGUGGGGAACUUGACCAUUCUCUUUGUCAUCAAGACAGAGCCGUCCCUCCACGAGCCCAUGUACUUCUUCCUUUGCAUGCUGGCGGUUAAUGACCUCAUCAUUUCCACCUCUACAGUUCCAAAGAUGCUACAGAUCAUGUGGCUGGGCUCAGGGGAGAUUGGCUUUGAUGCCUGUCUGGUGCAGAUGUACUUCAUUCACACCUUUUGCAUUGUGGAGUCUGCCAUCUUGUUGGCAAUGGCCUUUGACCGCUACGUGGCCAUUUGCCACCCUCUACGAUAUUCUACUACCCUCAGCAAUCCAAUGGUGGCUAAGGUGGGACUGGCAGCAGCCGCCCGGGGUGUGGUCUUGGUGAUUCCUUGUCCUGUACUCAUCAAAAGGUUGCCGUACUGUUUCCGGAGAGUCAUCCAGCAUGCCUACUGUGAGCACAUGGCAGUGGUUAAGUUGGCCUGUGCCGACACAACCCUCAACCGUACCUAUGGUAUCUGCGUGGCUCUCUUGGUGGUGGUGCUAGACCUGGGACUUAUUGCCGCCUCCUAUAGUCUGAUUCUCCAAGCAGUCUUCCAGUUGUCCUCACAAGAAGCUCGCACUAAGGCUCUGGGUACCUGUGCAGCCCACGCCUGCACUCUCUUGGUCUCUUAUGUGCCAGCCUUGUUCACCUUCCUGACCCACCGCAUUGGCAAACAUGUGCCUCCUUACAUCCACAUCUUGCUUGCUAGCCUGUACCUUCUGCUGGCACCCAUGGUGAACCCACUCGUGUAUGGCGUGAAGACACAGCAGAUCCGCCAAAGGGUCCUCCGACUUUUCAGGCAGGGAGGAAAGGCACUGACAGAACCCUAG